AUGUCUCUCAGAACAGAGGGGACCCAGUGCAGUGGUGUUGCUGUGGAGUUUGACGAUGAUAAUGACAGAGAUUCACCUGUGAUCAAAGCCAGGAAUAUACCACGAUCAGCCCUCAUCUACCUCAAGGGCCCCAAGUUCCUCAUCUAUGUGAGCGGAGCGUUAUCUAUGUGGGGUGAUCGCAUGUGGCACUUCGCCAUCUCUGUCUUCCUGAUUGAGCUGUAUGGGCAUAACCUGCUGUUAACUGGCAUCUUUGGACUGGUGGUGGCCGGAUCGGUGCUCUUAUUAGGGGCUUUGAUUGGAGACUGGGUUGACCGCAACCCGAGAAACAAAGUGGCCCACGCAUCCCUAUUUAUUCAGAAUAUCUCAGUGACCAUCUGCAGCAUUGUGCUCAUGUUGGUGUUCUCGUACAAAAAGUGGAUUGAGGAAAUCUGGGACGGGUGGCUAACCGUGGUUUGUUAUACGGUGGUGAUCGUCCUGGCAGAUGUGGCGAACCUCGCCAGCACAGCUCUCACCAUUGCCAUCCAGAGAGAUUGGAUAGUGGUGAUCACAGGCUACAACCGUGGUCACCUCGCAGGAAUGAAUGCUACAAUGAGGCGGAUCGAUCAGGUGACUAACAUCCUGGCUCCACUGGCGGUGGGUCAGGUAAUGACCCUGGCCUCUAAUGUGGUUGGCUGUGGCUUCAUCUUAGGAUGGAAUCUGGUGUCCCUCAUUGUAGAGUUCAUCUUCCUCUCCAGAGUCUACCGGAUUGUACCAGCACUGUCCGUCAAACCACCAGCUAUGGAACAUCAAAGCUAUUUAAAGAAGAAAAGAGAAAGAAAACGCUCACAAGGCAAGACCUCAGCAUGUCCAGCUGCUGUCAUCUCAGAGGAAAGCACCAGCCUGCAUUUACAAGAAAUAAGCAGAAUACCAGUGUGCCUCCAUCGGCUGCGUGGGCUCCUCAGCACCUGCAAGACCUCAGCAUGUCCAGCUGCUGUCAUCUCAGAGGAAAGCACCAGCCUGCAUUUACAAGAAAUAAGCAGAAUACCAGUGUGCCUCCAUCGGCUGCGUGGGCUCCUCAGCACCUGCUGGGAAGGAUGGAGGGCAUAUUACAGACAGCCUGUUUUCCUCGCCGGCCUGGGCCUGGCCUUCCUUUACACCACAGUGCUGGGCUUUGACUGCAUCACCACUGGCUACGCCUACACCCAGGGAAUCAGCGGCUCGCUGCUCAGCAUUCUGAUGGGAGUGUCAGCUGUGGCGGGGCUUCUGGGUACUGUGCUUUUCACAAAGCUGCGCAAAGCAUGUGGCCUGGUCAACACUGGGGUCAUUUCCAGCGUGCUGCACCUAGUUUGCCUGAUGCUUUGUUUGUGCUCCGUGUUUGCCCCUGGUAGCCCCAUGGACCUCAGCAUUCUAAAUAUGGGGAAUGCAUCAGAUGUGGGAGGGAUGACCGGAGGUCACCAGAAGCACGGAUACCCACUGCGUGGAGGCAGCAACCAGCCUCUGCUGCCAGACCGUUCCUCCAUUCACUGGACCAAUAACACUGUGCUAUUUGAGAACGCACCAGCAGGGACUGAACCAGAGUCUUACGUCUCCAUCAUCCUGCUGUUCCUUGGAGUCAUUACAGCUCGAGUUGGUCUCUGGUCCUUUGACCUGACAGUGACUCAGCUCUUGCAGGAGACCAUAUGUGAAUCAGAGCGUGGGGUGGUGAAUGGAGUCCAGAGCUCCAUGAACUACCUGAUGGACCUGCUGCACUUCAUCAUGGUCAUCUCUGUACCCCAGCCACAACACUUCGGCAUCCUUGUCAUCAUCUCCAUUCUGUUCAUUUUCACGGGACACACCAUGUACUUCCUGUAUGCCAGGAAAGUCAAGAGGAAACCACGUACAAACACAUAAGCAACACAAAUCUCUCUAGUGAAUGUGUCUCAAUCCCUGUGCUGUGCCGUGUCUUAAGAUUCACUUACACAAAACACACUGUAUCCAGCUCAGUACAUUGAAAAAAGCUGUCGCCGUGAUCUCUUCGGAAGAAAGAAAGGGUUUGGCAGCAGCGUAGUACUCGGGUGAACAUAACCAGGAAACAGCGGCUCCUGUUGACAGUCAAAAGAGACACCAUCAUAAUAAACUUCAGCGAGCCAAGAUUUCCUGGAAGUUAAUAAGUGACUUAAAAUGCACACUAUUACAACAAGUACGUAACUGAACAUAGCUGACACAACAUGUUUUCAUGGAUUAUUAGCCAAGUAAACACCUUUUUUGUAAAUCUUCUCACAUAAACAGAAACCAGUUUUUAAUAAAACGCCAGUAAAUGUCUUUUUUUUCCAAGGUUACUUAGUAAUCUUGAAAAUUGGUACUUAGCACACAAACUACAAAUCUCUUCUAACAAAAGCUGCU